UGGGGUGGGAAUGGGGAUUUUGCAAUAUAUUUCCCCCAGGAGUGGGGAAGGAAUGGGGAUUUUGCAAUAUACUUCCCCCAGGAGUGUGGAGGGAAUGGGGAUUUUGCAAUAUACUUCCCCCAGGAGUGGGGAGGGAAUGGGGAUUUUGCAGUAUCCUUCUCCUGCCAUGCCCACCAAGCCACACUAUGCCCACCAAGCCACGCCCACAGAACUGGUAGUAAAAAAAAAAUUGGAUUUCACCACUGAAAUAGGGCCUACCUGAGUCUUCCCUUAAUGGGCAAGGGUGUGUGGGGGAGGUCACCAUGGAGGUCAGGCCCACAAACAGCAGGCUGGGAGGGCCCAGAUGAGCAGCAGGAGCAGCAGAAGUAGUAUCUUGCCCAGAUGUGGUGGCCCACUUGCUGGGGGCCUGCUGUGUGACAAUAAGAUGUUGGGGAGGAUGGAGCUGCAGGGCAGACCCUCCCCCCACCAUUCUGCUCUUUGCUCUCCUCCCUUUCCAGGCUCCCCCUCACACUCCCUGUGCUACUUCUACCUGCAUCUGCCAGAGCCCAGCUGGGGGCUGCCCCAGUCCUUCAUUAGGGGCUACCUGGAUGACCAGCCCAUCGCUCGCUUUGACAGCCUCACCAGGAAGAUGGAGCCUCUGGUGCCCUGGAUGGAGGAGGUGGAGAAGGAGGCCUUUCUGGCCCCUGAAAGAGUCUUCAGGGCUGACCUAGAGAAGUUAUCAAAACUGGACCACCAGGCUGAAGGGCUUCACACCUGGCAGGUGGUUUUGGGCUGUGAGCUCAUGGAAGAUGGGAGCAAAGGAUGGUUUUUGCACUACGGCUACAAAGGGAUGGACUUCAUCAGCUUUGAUAAGGAGACCCUGAGAUGGGUGGCAGCUCAGCCCCAGGCCCAGAAGGUCAAGGACAAGUGGGAGGAGGAUCCAGGAUGGUCUGAGAGAAACAAAUUUUUCCUGGAGGAGACCUGCAUUGAGGGGCUGCAGAGCUACCUCUCCUACAGGAACAAGACUCUGCAGAGGAUCGAGCCCCCAGUGGGGAAGGUGACUCGCAAAGUGGUGGAUGACAGCCUGGAGGUCCUCAUCUGCCAGGCCUUUGGCUUCUACCCCGAGGAGAUCCGGGCCACCUGGACGAGGGACGGAGAGGCCUGCAAGUAUGAGACCCUCCCUAGGAACGUGGUCCCUAACUCGGAUGGGACCUAUUAUGUCUGGCUCAGCAUUGAGAUCGACCCCAAGGAGAGGCACCGUUUUCAGUGUCACCUGGAGCACGAGGGCCUGCAGGAGCCCCUGAUAUUAGCUUUCAAGGAGGAAACAGGGCGGUGGAUUUUUGGGGUGAUCGUGGUUGCCAUUGUUUUGGGAGCUGGGAUUCUCUUCCUGUUAGGCUUCUUGUGCAGAAUACUCAGAAAUUAUCUCCACCCGAAAGUGACAACUUGCCGUGAUCAGGCUCCUUCACAAAGCAUUCUUUAUUCCCCUGGCACGAUGCAGAAGUUGAGAUUCAAAGACCAUUCUUGCCCCAAACUAACAACAUCAGAGUACAAGGCAUCUCAUGGACUGCAAAAAACGUGGACUGAUCCAGGAAUCACUGUGUUGUCAUUGCACAAGCAAGAAGGAAAACAGCUUCAAAAAUCUAAAAUGUGGAAUGGGAGAGACCUCUCCAGGCCACGCCCAAAGCAACAGCAACCUUAACUCUGGAUUCCAGGCCAUCUAAAGCCCUCCAAAACCAAAAAACUCAGUAACCCCAAAAGAAACAACCGAUAGUUAUCUAUAGCACACACUGUAAGACCAGCAAAGCGCAUCUAACACCAGCUAGCAGUUGGGAGACAUGAUGAAAACUCCUUCAGUUCACAAUUUGUGGAUAGACUCCACCAUAGUUUCAACUGGGAAACUGUGAGCUUCCUCAAUCAAGCCAAAUUCAGAAAAAAUGGCAGAGAAUUCCUGGAGGCCUGGCACUUACUGUAGACAAUUAAUUGGCCAUCAACAGGCACAUGGAGAUAAACAACAUCUAACAAUCCAAAACCCCAAAAGGAAAAAUACUAAAACACCAGCAAUCAACACCUAUAUGAGCAGAAAUUAACAUCAAGAUCAACACAAGACCAACAAUCAAGUAAACAACAUCCCAAUCGAGCAGUUACCCCAAAUCAGACAAAGAAGCUAACAGUAAACAACAGCUUAAUCAUGGAAUCUCCAAGAACAUUCCCACCAACAUUGACAGGGAAAACCACAAGUACAUAAAAAUAAGACCAAAUCCUGCUCCCUUCUAGCACUGAUGAUGUUACCUAGUUUGGUAAUGAAAUGUCUCUCAGAGAGCACCAAGGACCCGGCUGCAGGAGGUGUUAAGCAUCUGGCAAUCCCCUCCGUGUGAGGCAAGGAGCAGAUCCAAUGCCACGUGAUUUUCCUUGACUUUGGCCCCAGAUCUGUUCCUCCCUGCAGGAGUCUUAUAUCUCUGGUUGGGGAGAUCACAGCUAGUCCCACUUGAGCAGAGACAUGAAUGAUGGCGCUCUCCAGCUUUGUCACUCCCAACCCCGGGGAAAGUCUCCUUACAAAGGAAUGGAGUCAAGGAGGCAUUGGAGUUUUGCUUAGGGAGAUGCAGGGAUGGAGAUGGGGGCCUCAGGGUCUUGUGAAUGCUUACUGCGGGGAUAUGAGAAAUCAUUGUGCACAUCGAUUUUCAAGAAGAGAUUUUUAAGAAGACAUUUGUCUGAAAUGGUAUAGAGUCUCCUGCUUGAGCAGGGGGUUGGGCUAGAAGACCUCCAAGGUCCCUUCCCGCUCUGCGAUUCUGUUAUAUUGUCCUGAAGAGCUUUGUAAAUCUUGUCCCACGUUGCCAAUACAAUCUCUUUGUAUAGGUGUACUGGAAACAUACUGUAUAGCAGUGAUGGCUAACUUUUUUGCCAUCGCGUGCCAGGAGAGGGGUAGGUGGGGAAGGUUCACGCGUGUGCGUGCCCACACUCAUAAUUCUAUGCGCCCUCCCUGCGCAUGCGCGUUCAACCCCCCUCCCCCCCGCUCCUGGCACACCUGGUAGGCCCAUUUUUCUUUCUUACCUGGCUCCAGAUCCUCUAUGCAUCUGGGAAGGGCGAAAACAACCUUUCCCACU